AUGGAGGUGAACUCGUCUGAGAAACGCCACAGAACCAGGUCCAAAGGAGUGCGAGCUGCAGUGGAGGCGCUCACUCAGGAGCUCUUCAGCUGCCCCACUCCGGGCUGUGAUGGCAGUGGACAUGUGAGCGGCAAGUACGCCAGACACAGGAGUGUUUAUGGUUGUCCUUUGGCCAAAAAAAGGAAAGCUCUGGAGAAGCAGCCGCUGGAGCCCGCCCCCAAGAGAAGCCAUUAUAUCACUUCCUGUCCCGAUGAAGAGGAGGAGGAGGAAGAACACGAUGGCAGCUUUGAACACGAGAGGUUAGAGGUCGAGCGCAGAGAUGAUAGAAGGGAGGAGUCUUCUGACCCUGAAGAGGAACAAGAAAUAGAUGCAGAUGAACAUGAAGUUAAAGAUGAGGAGGAGCGAUAUGAAGAGGAGGAUGAAGAGGAGGAGCCCAGCACACAAACAGGGUUGAGUCCAGGUCUAAGUCCAGGUCUGAGUCCAGGUCUAAACCCGUCCCAAGGGAACAGGACUCGAGAGGACUACGAGGACUAUGACCAAUUGGUGGCCAAGUCCCUGCUGAACCUGGGCAAAAUGGCCGACUCUGUGUCCGAAUCGUCCCACAGUGAAGAUGAGGAAGAGGAGGAGAGGAGAGGAAGAGAGAGUGAAGAGGAGGAAGAGGAGGAGGAGAGGAGACGAGGGCUGAGCGUUGAUCUGAACAGUGACGUUGUGCGAGAAACUGUUGACUCCCUAAAGCUCCUUGCUCAGGGGCCGGGUGCAGUGAUGGCAGAUGACGGUUACCCAGAAUGCAGUGUGGUGGAGGAGGGGAGGGGCUUCCUGGGUCCUAAAGUGAGCGAGUCUCCUUUGCACCUUCACAACCAGAGCCUCAACCACAUCCACAGGUACGAGGAUGCAGCGGACAGUGUGGCCGAUGGAUCGUACUGUGAGAUGGCGCCCCUGCUGGACGACCAGGGCAGUGCAAGCGGGUACAGCCCAGAGCCAGAUGAGGACACGACAUCCGUGGCUUCAGAGAGAUCGGACGAAACCUUCGAUAUGAGCAAAGGAAACCUGAGUCUGCUCGAAAAGGCCAUCGCUCUGGAGUCGCAACGUGCCCAGAGUCUGAAGGACAGAGGAGACAGGGGGGAGAGAGGGGAGAGAGGAGAAAGAGGGGAGAGGAGGAGACACGAGAGACAUGAGAGACAUGACCGACACGACAGCAUCAGGAGAGGUUACUACAGCAGAGAUUUGUCGCGUGGAGAGAAAAAGGAGAGUAAGUGUCCGACACCGGGCUGUGAUGGAACGGGUCAUGUGACCGGGCUGUACCCACAUCACCGCAGUCUGUCCGGGUGCCCACACAAAGACCGGGUACCUCCAGAGAUUCUUGCGAUGUACGAGAACGUUCUAAAAUGUCCGACUCCGGGCUGCUCAGGACGUGGACACGUAAACAGCAACAGGAACUCGCAUCGCAGUCUGUCCGGCUGUCCCAUCGCCGCCGCAGAGAAAAUGGCAAAAGUCCAUGAGAAAACCCACAACCCAGACAGUAAAGGACAGGCCUCAGACCGAGUCCUAAGACCCAUGUGUUUCGUGAAGCAGCUGGAAAUUCCUCAGUACGGCUUUAAAAACAACGUCCCGACCACAACUCCUCGCUCAAACUUGGCCAAAGAGCUGGAGAAGUACUCAAAGACCACCUAUGACUACAACUACGAGGGUCCAUACGGGAGGAGGGGUCCAGGGAAGGGCCCAAGAGAGACGUCCCCUAAGCCCUAUGAAGUGCGACGUUUCGGUCGCUCCAGCCCCUCCAGCUCCUAUGCCCCCUCUACCUCCUCCAGCGCCAGCUCCACCUGCAGCAAGAGCAGCUUCGACUACAGCCACGACAUGGAGGCUGCACAUAUGGCUGCCACCGCCAUCCUCAACCUGUCCACACGCUGCAGGGCCGAGCACGCACGACUCACACAGAGUCCGGUGGGAGACCCUGAGGACAGUGUCUCUCUGGACGUUGGGUGCCUACGGGGGGCUCCAGAGGGGCCCGAGGGUCCUGAGGGCAGUGGGACCGUCCUGACCCCUCUUCAGCCCAUGUCUCCCCAGCGCCAGGCCUUGCACAGUCAGCGCUGCUACGGCCUGGAGCCAGGGACCUGGGACCUGCCUCUGGACUACACCAAGAUCAAGACCGACAAGGAGAGCGAGGACUUGGAUCCGUUCGGGGAUCUGAUGGAGGAGAGCCGUUUCUCUAGUGAUAUGCUUCCAGGAUCCAAACACCGCUUCAGCUGUAAAGAGCCCAAGAAGGAGCUGCUCAGUCUGUCCAGCUGCCAGAUUGGAGACAAAGUCCAGAGGAGUCUUCUGUCAUCCAGUUCUCAGGAGCUCAGGUGUCCCACUCCGGGCUGUGACGGGUCCGGCCAUAUCACGGGGAACUAUGCUUCUCACCGUAGUCUGUCUGGAUGUCCUCGAGCCAAAAAGAGCGGCCUCAAAAUCUUCCAUAAAGAAGACAAGGACGACCAAGAGCCAAUCAAGUGUCCGGUCCCGGGCUGUGACGGACAGGGUCAUGUGACGGGGAAGUAUGCGUCUCAUCGUAGCGCAUCUGGCUGCCCCUUGGCGGCCAAACGGCAGAAGGACAGUUACAUGAACGGAGCUCAAUUCAGCUGGAAAUCGGGGAAAACUGAUGGGAUGAGCUGCCCCACUCCGGGCUGUGAUGGCUCCGGGCAUGUCAGCGGCAGCUUCCUCACUCACCGCAGUUUGUCCGGAUGCCCUCGCGCCUCGUCGGCCAUGAAGAAGUCCAGACUCAGUGGGAUGGACAUGUUGACGCUGAAGCAGAGAGCAGCAAAAGGGAUCGAGAAUGACGAGGAGAUCAAGCAGCUGGAUGAAGAAAUAAAAGACCUGAACGAGUCUAACAGCCGCGUGGAGUCGGACAUGAUCAAACUCAGGACUCAGAUCACGACGAUGGAGUCUAGCCUGAAGUCUCUGGAGGAGGAGAACAAAGUUAUUGAACAACAGAAUGACUCUCUACUGCAUGAACUGGCCAAUCUGAGCCAGACGCUAAUCUCCAGCCUCGCCAACAUACAACUGCCACACAUGGAGCCAAUGAGUGAGCAGAACUUUGACGCGUACGUGAGCACCCUGACGGACAUGUACACGCACCACGACCAGUACUGCACCAGCCCGGAGAACAAGGCUCUGCUGGAGAGCAUCCGCCAGGCCGUGCAGGGCAUCCAGGUGUAG